AUUCCUUAGAUGGUUAGGAGAGGAAAUAUAAUUUGAGAUUUGACUCAUGUAACAAGUGAUCAUUAGAGUUGGUACUUGAGCUGAGUUUCCAUAUUAGAUUUAUCUCUGUAUUGUCCAGAAAACGCCAAUUUCUAUUGGGAAACGCUUUCCUGGCAGCCUAUAAAAGGGACAACAAUGGUUAACCUUGGACUACAAGCCAAAUUUCUCAUCUGAACACAACUCCCGAAAUGCAAUUAAUUUCAUCUUGAAGCCCCUUCCUUGCAAACAAUAAUUUAUAGCAGACAGAGAGAGCUAUAAGAUUCCAAUUUUCCUUCACGGAUCUUCCCAAGCAGAGCGGUCUUGGCUUUUCUUUUAUCGCACCUCUCAGACUUAUAUUCCACUCCCUCCUCUUCCCUUCACAUAAUUAUCCGUCAAAUCCUCUCUCAGACAAUAUAUCAAACACCUUGUAAUGCAAUGGCAAUUCACUGCGUCACAAGCCCUCCAUCCAUGCCUCAUCACAACACAAAAGAAGAAUGCAAAGACGAUCAGAAACCACUAGUUUUCGAUGCCAAAGUACUUCGGCACCAAACAAACAUUCCCCAAGAGUUCAUAUGGCCUGAAGAUGAAAAGCCUUGCAAUGCACCAGAACUUCAAGUUCCUCUGGUAGACUUGAGUGGUUUCCUCUCUGGUGACUCUGCUUCAACAAUGGAAGCUUCAAGGCUCAUCGGCGAGGCUUGUGAGAAGCAUGGUUUCUUUCUUGUUGUGAACCAUGGAGUCAAUAAGACGCUGAUUAAUGAUGCUCACAACUACAUGGACUACUUCUUUGAAUUGCCUCUUGUAGAAAAACAAAGGGCUCAAAGAAAACUCGGAGAACACUGCGGCUACGCCAGUAGCUUCACUGGCAGGUUUUCUUCUAAGCUUCCAUGGAAAGAAACACUUUCUUUUCGCUAUUCAGCAGAGGAAAGCGAAGCGAAUAUCGUCCAAGACUACUUUGUCAAUAAAUUGGGUGGAGACUUCGCGCAAUUGGGAAAAGUUUACCAGGACUACUGUGAGGCCAUGAGCACUCUGUCUUUAGGGAUCAUGGAGCUACUAGGAAUCAGCCUCGGCGUGAGCAGAGCAUUCUUCAAGGAGUUUUUCCAAGAUAACGAUUCGAUAACAAGGCUGAAUUACUAUCCACCAUGCCAAAAUCCAGACCUGACUUUAGGGACUGGUCAUCAUUGCGAUCCAACUUCUUUAACCAUUCUUCACCAAGACCAAGUGGGUGGCCUUCAAGUGUUUGUGGACAAUGAAUGGCGUUCGAUUAGCCCGAAUCUCAAUGCGUUUGUCGUUAACAUUGGCGACACUUUCAUGGCUCUUUCAAAUGGGAGAUAUAAGAGUUGCUUGCACAGAGCAGUUGUGAACAGCCAAAUUAGACGAAAAUCGCUAGCUUUCUUUCUGUGUCCGAGGGGGGAUAAGGUUGUAACCCCACCAAAAGAACUGAUGGACACAUAUAAUCCAAGGCUGUAUCCGGAUUUUACAUGGCUAAUGCUGCUUGAAUUUACACAAAAGCACUACAGAGCUGACGUGAAGACACUUGAAGCCUUUACAAACUGGGUUCUACAGAGAAGCAGCUGAACUGAACAUCAGUUUCUUCAACUUCAUGUCAACGGAACAUCAUGUGAAAGUGAUCAUAAAUGGAAACGCGAGACAACACAAGAAGGAAGAGAAACCCCAGUGAAGAGCUGGAUCAGCUAAAAUUUUGUAUUGUCUUUGAUGAUUCAGAGAAGGAAAAAAAAAAAGAGUUAGCAACAGCAUCGCCUUUAAUUAGUUAUUAAUGUAAAUUAUAUAGAACUUCAAAAAUUAAGUUCAAUGUGGAAUAAAUUAACUACUUUCAUUUUUAA